GAAUCAUGAACUGAAACGUGUCAUAGUUUGCGGACUUACGUAAACUCUUUGUGGAAUCAGGAAGUAAGUCCAACGGUUCCGUAUUUGAACAAAACCAGAGCCUGUUUAACUAAAGACAAAACGUUGAUAUUGGCGUAUCCGCAUUUUAACAAGUACAUCUGAAAGAGACGAAACUGAUUAGACAUCUUUAGUUUGGAGAGUGUACUGUUUGUGUAAAAAAAAUAGUUUGAUGAUAUAUUGAGAGUGCGGUACAUGCUCGGAAAACGAAUCUGAUACGUAAGUAGGUAGGGUACAGUAGAUAUGGAUACUCCUCCCCUGACAGAGGAUGAAAUGUCCGAAAUUAAAAAGGAAGUGCUGAUCAGGCUGCGGCCCUACCUCUGCGACAAGAUCAUUGCUGAUCGCCACUUUGACUACCUACGGGCCCGCAGGAUCCUGACACGGGAUGAUACAGAAGAGAUAUACUGUCGGAGCACGCAGAGAAAGAAGACGGGUAUGCUGUUGGACUUCCUGGCUGAGAACCCCCGGGGCUUGGACACCCUCAUUGAGUCCAUCCAACUCUGUCGCUCCCUCAACCACAUCAUCACCAAGAUUACUGAUGAGGUGCAGAAAGUGAAGAAUGAGAGGAUAGAAGCUCUGAGAGCGUCUGCCUCCAGUUCCUCAUCUGGUUACCUUCCAAUGAAAGGGGCGUCCAAUGACCUCUCCAGGACAUUGUCAUAUGAAUCAAACCUGCCAUCGACUAUGCUAUUCCACCCCGAAGGUGAAGGGAGCAACUCCACAUCAGAUGCUACAGGGUCCCUCAAGCUGCCCUCUGCAUCAAGUCGAGCGGACUCUUCAUCCAUGGGAGGGGGCAGCGUGACAGUGUCCUCAUCUACGGCCUCGUCCAGCCUACCCAGGCCUGGAGACCCAGGGGCUCCCCCCCUGCCGGAGGAGCUGUUGGCUGAGCCCUCUGCUAGCAUGGAUGCUGGGGCACAGAGCACAAGCAGUGCAGGAGAUGCCAACUUCCAGCCCUUGCGCUCACGCUCCCUCACUCCACACAGGGACAUCUCUCCAUGCCAAUUAUAUAAUUCGCAGUGAGGCUC